AAUUCCGUCUUUCUCGUUGCUCAUUUUCGCACUAGGUUAUCUGUUGAGCAAUUGAUUUUGGAUUGCCGCUCGGCGAAAAAGUACAAGAACCGAACAAUCAAAGCUUUAGGUAGAUCGUGAUUCUGGCUGCUCUCCACUUUUGAUUCGAUCUUGGAUUCUGUCCUCUCUCUCUUUCUGAAUUUAUCCUCUAAGAACUUAGGAGUGCAUCUAUUUGAUAAUCAAUUAUGGAGAUACAGACAAGCGGGAAGCCCAUUGACUCACUACUAGAGAAGGUUCUUUGUAUGAACAUUCUGUCCUCUGAUUACUUCAAGGAGCUUUAUCGGUUAAAGACAUACCAUGAAGUGAUAGAUGAAAUAUACAAUCAAGUUGACCAUGUGGAGCCAUGGAUGACUGGAAACUGUCGGGGGCCAUCAACUGCUUUCUGUCUACUGUACAAGUUUUUUACCAUGAAACUCACUGUCAAACAAAUGCAUGGUCUAUUAAAGCACGAGGAUUCUCCUUAUAUAAGAGCGAUUGGAUUCCUAUACUUGAGAUAUGUUGCUGAUGCAAAGACUUUGUGGAAUUGGUUUGAACCAUAUAUUAAAGAUGAUGAGGAAUUUUCCCCGAGUUCUAGUGUACAAAAAAGUACAAUGGGUAUUUAUGCACGUGACUUACUUCUUGGACAGUACUACUUUGAUACCCUUUUCCCCCGCAUUCCUGUUCCUGUAAUGCGGCAGAUUGUGUCUAAUCUUGAGAAGAUGAAGCUCCCCACCAAACCUUCAGGUGCAACAGGGGAUUCCAUACGCCAUGGAUCUGAUGACACUGCACGCCGACCGCCAUCUGUGAAGGCUGCACUUUCAGUAUCAUUUGGUCAGCGUGCUCCUCAUCGUGCAUCAACCAGGGACUCAUCACCUGUUCGUCGUACACUACUGCCACCCUCUUAUGAUAGAAUUAAUGAUGAUGCUAAAAGAUCUCCCAGUAGUCGUCAUAGCCAGAGUCGUGAAUAUUCUGAUAAAGAAUAUUCAAACAGGGACAGAGAUAGGGAUCGGGAUCCCCAUGGAAGAGACCGGGAAAGGGGCAGUGAUCAUGAUCGAGAUCGAGAUAGGUACCGUGAACGAGACCGGGAUAGGGACCUUGAACGAGACCGGCGCCAGGACAGGGACAGAGACCGAAGGUAUGAUUAUGAUCGGAGGUCCGGGUAUUCUGAGAGAGAAAGCAGAAGGGAUUAUGAAUGGAGCAGCCAUGAUGGAAGUAGGCACUACAGGAAAAGUAGUUCUCAUAGAAGCCAUAACCGGAGUAGGAGUCGCAGCCGAAGCAGGAGCAGAAGUCGAAUUUUGCAAAACAGUGUUGCUCCAUUUGAUUGUCAUUCGACUCCACAUAGGGAUGGAAGCAAGGAGAAGACCUCUGCAUCUAGCAAUUUGGCAAAGCUCAAGGAUCUGUAUGGUGACUUGGGUGAUCGGAAAGGGGAUGCUGGUCUGGAAAGGCUAUCUCGAAGGGAUAAUGGCAAUGAGGAGGUCAUUAGGCUUGGUGGUUCUACAUGGAAAUAGUUACAACAUAGAUUUUCAUGCAGUUCACAAUUUAGAUGUAUCAUUUGAGCAUUUUAUUCUGUGUAAGGCAUAGUAGCAUAUCGUUGGUAGAUGAUGUUGAUACUGGCACACGCAAUUUACCGAGUCAGGGGGAUGUAUGUAUGCAUGUUAGAUGCCCUUACCUAUCCUUGCAUUCCGUUUAAUGCUUCAGGGCACUAGCUGUUUUAGAGAACAUCUCAUACAUGUUACUUUUCAAUCGAUUAUUUGUUGAGAGAUUUUAAGCCA